AUGAGCAAAGCAACGCCUCGCCGGUCACGGCACAACCGCCACCCCUCCAACCGCAUCCCCGCCAUCUCCGACUACGAGUCCGACGCCGCGCAGAUGCAGCCCGAGUACGACUACGCGCCGCCGCCCCCCACGCGGACAAACACCGAGCUCAACCUCGCCGUCCUCCAGCGCUACCUCCCCUCCAUCCGCACCAUCCUCAGCAUCGCCGCCAGCGCCGUCAUCUACACCUUCGCCCCGGCCGAGCAGCGCUGGGACAAGUCCGGCGUCGAGGGCACCAUGUUCGUCUGCGCCCAGAGCCCCCUGCCCGACGACCCGGCCCAGCGCCCGCGGCUGUGCGUCUUCGUCCUCAGCCGCCGCGGGCUGGAGAACCUCGUCGUCGACCUGGCGUGCGUGAGCCACGUCGAGGUCAUGGACGAGCUCGUCAUCAUGCGGGUCGAGGACGACAGCUCGACUAGGAGGGGCGAGCAGGUCCUCGGCGUGUGGGUGCACAACGACAAGACCGAGACGCGGGAUGUCAAUGCCGCCGUGAUCCAGGAGAGCUGGAAGGCCGCGAGGAUGGCUGGGCGGACGGAGGACCAAGGGCCUGAGCUGGGUCCUGCCAUGCAGGCGAUUGGGAGCGAGAGCAGGUUGACCAUUGAUGAUUUGUUCCGGAGCCAGGCCGAAGCUCGUGCUUCACAUGGAGGCUAA